AUGGGACUAUUGGCAUUAGCUGCUCUUGCAACGUACAUGAUCUCGUAUUCGUUGGGUGUAGGAACAGUUCCUUGGAUCAUACACUCGGAAAUAUAUCCAGUUAAGUAUAGAUUCAUCUGUGUGAUAAUGGGAAGUGUGGUUUACUGGAUGGCGAAACUAUUAGUGGGACAUUUCUUUCUGGAUAGUUUGGGGCAAUAUUUUUCUGUUGCGGAUAUGCUUUUUUUACUGUCUUUGUUUUCAUGGGCGGUGGGAUUCUUCAUAUACUUUUACAUACCAGAGACCAAAGGAUUACAACUUGAGGACGUUGAGAAGGUCUUGCUACAACAAGAAACGCAUAUCAAGUAUAAUGUCGGUAAGGAAGGUCAGGAGUCCAGUAAAGAACUCAAGAUAGGAAAUGCUUGGAUCGAUUUUGAAACGGGUGUCAAGGGAAUGUAUGACUUCUUCUGGACUCACGCCUUGAUAUCUGAUGAGGUCAAUCAAGGAAUUCAACUAAACUGCAAUUUUUCUACCCCAAAUGCUGUAACCGAGAAAUGUGAGGAAUACCUUGACGAGGCAGAUGAUUUAGUGGAAGAUAUCUUCAUCUUUGACAUCUACGCUCCAUUGUGCUUUUCUUCUUCAACCACUCCCCAUAUUGCAACCUUUAAUCCAUGUUCUGACAACUACAUUUCCAAUUACUUAAACAUUCCUCAAGUACAAAAAGCUCUUCAUGCCAAUGUCACUGCUCUUCCAUAUCCAUGA